AAUUGUAUGGAUUCAAAAGUUCCAGAACAAAUUCAAAUGGAUUAUAUCGACUCCCUGUCAUAUUUCAAUUUCAAAGAUGCUUGUAAGAAAUACAAAAGCCAAUGUAAAAUGAGAAAUGUCAAGGUAAUAUGUGGCGCAGUGACUAGAAAAAGAUCAGCCGAAAUGAAAAUUGAAGUAGAAUUUGUUAUAGAAGCCGGCGAGUCUGAAACAGAGCAAGGAUUUGAAGACAUUCAGGAUGAAAUGCUUGGAGUUCUAACGAACGAGACCGAAAAUGGAACUCUCGCGAUAGUUCUUGACGGUAACGUGACUUUGAUAGCCACUGAUAUGACUGCAGAGAAGGUUGUUUUCCAGUGUCCAGUUUGAAGUAGAAAAGAGAACAGUGUGAUGUGAUAUCUGA